UACUGGAGCAUUAACUUAUUACCUUUUCCAACAAAAAAGGAAUCAGUGACGUGCACGCACGCUAUUGGCUCCAUCGCAGUAGCGUUGAAAUUGAAACUCUCUUCCUCUAUCUCCCACGCUUUUUCUUCUUCUCUUCUCUUCUCUUCUCUUCUCUCUAGGGUUCCUUCCUUCUCUCUCCUCCUUCCCGCUCGCCGCCGGAAUCUUGUUUUCCGGUCAUAUUCCGGCCAACCGAGACCGUUUCCGUUCUUCCGCUUCGCUUUUCGAAUUCAACUAAUCUGUUUCAGUUCGGAGCUGUUGCUAGCUUCGAUAUUGAAGCAGGGGGAAGAUAUGGCAAGUCAAGCCGGCGCCUCUCGAAGGAGUUUUUCGUCGACGAAGAAAGCCUCUGAAUCAGGCGUGCCUCACGCGACUUCUCGAAAAUCGAUUUCGUCUACGCGACCUAUGGCAUUAGCGGGAGAGCGGACAGUGAAAUCAUUGCGACUUUCAAAGGCCCUGACAGUACCUGAAACAACAACUGUCUUUGAGGCUUGCCGCCGGAUGGCUGCUCGUAGAGUGGAUGCUCUAUUACUGACCGAUUCUAAUGGUUUGCUCUGUGGAAUCCUCACAGAUAAGGAUAUAGCAACAAAAGUUAUUGCCAAAGAGAUUAAUCUUGAAGACACACCAGUUUCCAAAGUUAUGACUAGGAACCCAGUAUUUGUCCUUUCUGAAACUCUUGCUGCGGAAGCCCUUCAAAAGAUGGUGCAAGGGAAAUUCAGACAUUUACCUGUGGUGGAAAAUGGAGAAGUUUUGGCUUUACUAGACAUAGCAAAGUGUUUGUAUGAUGCCAUUGCCCGUAUGGAAAGGGUAGCUGAGAAAGGAAAAGCAAUUGCAGCAGCUGUUGAAGGAGUUGAAAAACACUGGGAAACAUCAGACUCCAAUACAUCAUUCAUUGAGACUCUUCGGGAGCAGAUAUUCAAGCCAUUGUUGUCUACAAUCAUUCCCGAGAAUUCAAAGCCUGUAACAGUUUCACCAACAGACUCAGUUCUGACAACAACAAAGAAGAUGGUUGAAUUUCGUGCAAGUUGUGCUGUUGUGACAGUUAAUAACAAACCUCGUGGCAUCUUUACUUCAAAGGAUAUCUUGAUGCGGGUAAUUGCACAAAAUCUUUCUCCACAGUCAACUCCCAUCGAGAAGGUCAUGACUCCAAAUCCAGAAUGCGUAGUAAUUGAUACACCCAUUGUUGAUGCACUUCACACUAUGCAUGAUGGAAAAUUUUUGCAUCUUCCUGUGGUUGACAGAGAUGGCAAUGUAGUUGCUGUGGUGGAUGUGAUUCAUGUCACUCAUGCUGCUGUGGCGACAGUAAGUCAGGUUGGAAACAAUGAAGCGGCAACCACCUUGAUGCAAAGAUUUUGGGAUUCAGCCAUGGCCUUAACUCCACAUGAUGAUGACGAUGAUUCUCGAAGUGACAGUUCCUUGAAAUUGACUUCCGAGGGAGGAGAAACAGGGAGAUCCGUUCCUUAUCUUUCGUUAGGCAUGCCCAAUACAUUUUCUUUCAAAAUACAAGAUAAGAAGGGCAGAAUGCACAGAUUCACAUGUGAUACCCGGAGCAUGACGGAGAUUAUAACUUCAAUCCUUCAGAGACUUGGUGAUGAUAUUGAUCCUAACAACAUACCCCAAAUUCUGUAUGAAGACGAAGAUCAUGAUAAAGUUGUAUUGGCUUCAGACAGUGACCUUGCGGCAGCAGUGGAUCACGCAAGGACAGCUGGUUUGAAGGGGUUGAAAUUGCAUUUAGAUUACACAGGAGCACGUGGUAAUGUGAAAGGUUCUCGUUCAGGAUCAAGUCAUGCUUAUUCGGAUGCAUGGGCCUCAUCAUAUAGUGCCGCUGCUGCUGGAGCUGCACUUGUUGCCGGCUUAGGCUUAUUAUCGUACUUGAAGCGAGUUUAAUUUAACCAAGUUAGUGUAGAGGCCAAGCUGAAAUUUUGUACAACCACAUUUAUAUAUACAAGGAAAAGGUGAAAGCAUAUUUUUUCAUGCUGGUUGGUUAUUGUGCUUUCUGAAAAUUGGGAUGCCCAUAUCCCUUGCUGCUUUGUAUACUUGUAAUUUUAGGAUUUGCAGCCUCAUCAACCCUGGAGACUGUGUACAAUAACAAACAGCUGCUCAUUUUUUCUGACAUUCCGAGUUCAUAAAAUCAAUCGAUAAGGAUUGACUUUAUUGGGAAUAAUGCUUUUUAUUUGAUGUUAGUGUUCGUAGC